UGCCUUCUGAUUGGCCGGCGAGUGUGGGAAAGUCAGCGAGGCCAGAGCCCCACAGAUCCCGGGCCAGGCGGACUGGAUAAAUACAGGAGCGGCGGGAGCGGCGGCCAGUCCAGCCAGCCGCGCUGCCUCCCUCCCUGCCUCCCACCCUCGCCGUCUCUACCAGCAGCCCCAUGGCCCCCAGCACAGACUUCAUGGAGCAUAGCUCCCUGCUGACUCCCAAAGAGAAAAACAAACUGAGGAAGCCGGUGGUGGAGAAGAUGCGCCGGGACCGCAUCAACAGCAGCAUCGAGCAGCUGAAACUCUUGCUGGAGAAGGAGUUCCAGAGACACCAGCCCAACUCCAAGCUGGAGAAGGCUGACAUCCUGGAGAUGACCGUCAGCUACCUGAAGCAGCAGAGCCACCUGCAGGGCAAAGCUCCAGGCUCUCUCCCCAGAAGCCUGCAGACCGACUUCAAGGAGGGCUACGCCCGCUGCCUGCAGGAAGCCUUCCAGUUCCUCUCCUUCCACAAGGCACAGACCGACACCCAAAGCAAAUUGCGCAGCCACUUCCAGAAAAGCUCCUCGGCCGCCUCUGAGGGGCUGGCUCCCUCCUUCCCCGCUCCUGCCCCUGGGAAACAGCCCGUCCUCAAAGGCCCUCCCAGUCCCCUGUGGCGGCCCUGGUAGAUGGAUCCAUGUCAGCCAGCUUGAGGUUUUCACUCCAGAGGAAGAUGGCUGUUGCAGAACCUCCUCUUUUCAGUAGGGAAUAUUAGUUCCCCCUUAAUUUAUGUGUGAAGAGAAUGGAACACUUGAACUCUUGGCAGUGGACAGAGCCCUGGACUGGGAGUCAGCAGGCCUGGACUCCAAACUCCAUUUCUGCCACUUACUGUGUGAUCUUGGGCCAGCCACUUCCCUUCCUCAACUCUGAGGAUGCUUCCAGCUUGAAGGGAAAGGAGUCCAGUGUUCUGUUGAGGGUGUGGGACUGUACAUAGAUAUGCCUUCAUAAUGAAGGACCCCUUAAUGGGAGGGGAAGGGCAGGGGCAGGGAGUGGGAGAGGGAAAGGGAUUUUUGUUCUGUAUAUUACAACUGUAGUAAGAUUGUAAAUCUGUUAAGUGCAGAGAUGGGGGUGGGGGAGGGGGAGAAUUCUCUGACUUGUGUAAGAGCUUUGUGCCUUUGCAUCCAGUUUUCCCAUAACCCCGCUCCUGUCCCCUUUCUGACAUGUGGGCUAGCUCUCUAGAGCUCCUGCCAUCUCUCUGAACCCUCUGUUAGUCCAUGGGAAGCCCUGAUCUCCUGGUGAGUUAGUUUCUCUAUCAGGGACUACUUUGGGGAGACAAGGGAGCUAGACCUUGUCUGACCAUGGACAGGGAAUGGAUGCUUUCUAUAAGGUAGCUGCCUUAUUUUUUCUAUUUGUGAAAAGAAUGGGGGUCACUUUAUAUUAAAGGAUAUGAAGGGAUGAGGGUGGAGGGUGGGAAGCUGUGGUUUGAAUGUUAUACAUUUGAAGAGGCUGAUCCUUCUAAGAAAUCACUGCCGCCAGCCUCAAAGCAGUUGCAUCAUCCAAGGUGCGUGGGACGCCCCUUUGUCCAACAGGGAUUUAAGACAGUAGGUGUGCUAGGCACUGGGGCUGCUGGGUGCAUACUGUGUAUGCUUGGGUAUAUUUGUACCAGAUAAUUAUGGUAAAGCUAAAUAAACGA